CUCUAAUUACACAACUCUCCAAUCUCAGCUGUUCGGUCACCUCAUUUUGUUUUCCCUGCUUUUAUUUAUAACAAUUGCCCAAAUCAACACAGCGCCAGCAUGGACGCGAAGUAGGGACCGCCAUGGAGACGCUGCCAUGUGCCAACCAGCUGCAGGAGCACCAGCAGCCGCAGCAGCAGCUUGUGAAUCUCAGCAUAGACGGAAGUCUCGGCGAGAAUGUGGUCACCAUUCCCAAGGAGCUGAUCCUCAUCUCGUUGGUCUCCCAGGAGCAGUCGCUCUACAACCCCAAGCAUCCCAACUACCGGAGCACCAAAACCAAGGACGAGAAGUGGCUGGAGAUCGGCAGCAAUGUAGGUUGGUCAGAUGUGCAGUGCAAGUCCAAGUGGAAGGCCAUGAGGGACCAGUACUGCCGAGAGCUGAAACGCGCCAAGGCCUGUUCCAAAGCCGUCAAGUGGAAGUACUUCAAGGAGCUGGACUUCCUGCGUCCAUAUGCGCUGGCAAGAAAUUACAGGGGAAGAUCUGCUCAGAAUACCAAUGGAAUCGUCGCCACAGCGACGCCUAUUUCGCUGCCCCUGAACACUUCCUUUAGCAGCAACAGCAGCAGCCAGAACCUCAACCUGUCCGGCAACAUCAAGAUCGAAGACGCUAGUGCCUCCACGCUGCUGGAUACCUGCAGCUUUAGCUCGGCCAGUUCAACCGACAAGAAGCCCGCACCCACUUUCCUGGCCAGUCAUAUUGGGGCAGUGUUGCAGCAGCAACAGCAACAAUUGCAGCCGCAGCCAGAGAACAACUGGAACUACCUGACGGAUACGGGAGGAGGUGGUACUCCAUCAAUCAUAGUGCAGUGCGGAACCGCAAGCAACACAACUGUGGUGGAUAGCCUGUACAACGAGAUAGUGGACUGCGUCAAUGCCGCCAACCAGUCAAACUCGGCGGCAACAGCAGCUUCCACAGUAUCCGCAUCCACAGCAGCGCACAAUCAGUCGACGAAUGCCGAGGAGGAGGACGAUGACCCCAUUUACACCCUUCUUAACAUGGAAAGCUAUUUCGAGAAGGAACUGAUCACGCUGAUUCAGCAGGAGGAUAUGAUCUACAACUACAGCAAUGAGAACUAUCGCAAUGCGAAGCUCAAGAUGGAGGUGUGGGAGGAGAUCGCCAGAAAGCUUAAAAAGUCGGUGAAACAGUGCCGACUGAAGUGGAAGGCUUUAAGGGACCAAUAUGCACGCGAGCACAAGCGUUUGAGGACACUGAUGCACGUGGACGCCACUUCACGUUGGAAACACUACGACUCGCUGAGUUUCCUGCAAAAGUACAUACAACAAAAGACGCUUGAUAGCGACUCGCAACUGAGAGUGAGAGAACUGGAGGAGCACAUGGCUCAUUCCCACUCGCCGCCCACGCAGCAGAGCGCCUUGGAGUCAUCUUCGUCGAGUUCCCAGCUUAAUAUGCCCGCCCUGCCUCACUUGACGGGACCACACAAGGCUGAGCAACAACAUCAACAGCAAGAGGAGCAGCAGCAGCAGCAGCAACAACAGCAACAGGCCAGUGAACUGUGUGUGGCCAACUACAAUGACAUGGACAUCGAGACCUACAUUAAUGGGGAUGCGCACCAUGAAGAUGACGAGGAAGAAGACGAGGAUGAGGAGAUGGAAACCACAACGGCGGCGGAGCAAACUCCUCAGCCGCAAGAUCAGCAUGUUAUGGCCUAUGACCACGAGGAGGGAAACGUUUACAUGGCUGUUCAAAACGUUGGGAAUUCCAUGACCAAACAGGAGCAGCUCAGCGAAGGUGCUCCAAGCCUGGAGCAUCAGCAGCUACAGGCAACUGGAGAAUAUCAAAAGUUGGAAAUACAGACGCCUACCACUCCUCGCUUCCAGAAUACAGCUACGACGCCCAGCUCGACUUCCACAUCUCGCUAUCACUCGGCGCCCAUAACUCCCAAUAAACCCGCCCACAUGGAGUUUUCCGCCAGCAAUGGCCACACUUCUGGGGACGAUGAUGAAAUUGGUGCGUUCUUCAAAGCGGUGUCCAUGAAGAUACGUAAUGCUCAGAUGGAGCCGGUGGCUUUUACGGAUCUGCAAAUAGAAAUUCUGCGUGUCAUUAACGAAGCACUGAGGAAUCACUAGCACUGCUAGAACCUCUAGCUUCUUAGGGAAGGAAAAUAGCUUGAGCGGAUUGACCAUCCACGGUUUCAGGGCGAUUCAUUAUAGAUUUUAAGUGUUACUUCGAAAGCGUUUUUCCUAAUUUCUAGAUGAGUUGAUAUUUUUGUAAAUUUCUUUUUAACUUGUGAACUUUUAAAUGCGAAAAUCAAUUGGUUAAGCAGCUCAAAGGCGAAACUUUAAAUGUUACGUGUAUAUAGACCAAAAUCCGACCAAAACGGAGACGUAUAGUGUUUAUUAGCUUAGGAUGAUUCCGGAUUUUCCGGAACCGGAACUAAAAAUUCGUACUAUUAUUUAAAUAUUCUUAACCAAAUCGAUUGUAACCAUUUCGUACAAUGUCAAAGCAAAAAGAAAUAUAUAUUUUUAAAGCAGA